CACAGGAAGGCAUUAACCCCUCCAUGCCCGGCCGGGGGAGCUCUCUGGCUGCAGUGGCGCCAGCUCAGGGGCCGGUGACCUUCGAGGAGGUGGCUGUGUAUUUCACCAGGGAAGAGUGGGCUCUGGUAGACCCCACUCGGAGAGCCCUUUACAGAGACGUCAUGCAGGAGAACUAUGAGAAGGUGACCUUGCCGGGGUUUCCAGUUUCCAAACCCUCUGUGAUCUCCCAGCUGGAAGGAGGGGAAGAGCCGUGGGUCCUGGAUAUCCAGGAUUCAGAGGAAAGCAAGAUCCUGAGAAGUCCCUGGACAGGUGAGGAAACAUUAAACCAACCCAGAAACUCAGAUGAUGGGGUGGUGAGGGAGAGUGAGGAGCAGAAUCCUCACCAGGAAGAUGCUGAGCUUGCCGAAGUGCAAGGGGAAUUACUGCGAAGAUCCAAAGGGAGCGUGUCCAGCCCCCGUGAUUAGGG